UUACUUUCGGCCUAGAGUUAUGCGAAUGUGAAGCGACGAAAUCCAAGACGCAAGAGAUCCUAAGAAGAAAACAGAUCUACAACGAUGUCGUCGUCCGGCAAUGAUCCCCGUCAGCCGUCGUCGGCCAAGCCAUACAAGCCUCAACCAGUUCACCCUGAUAAUCUCCCCGUUGAUUACUCUGGUUUCAUCGCGAUCAUCUUCGGCGUCGCCGGCGUUAUGUUCCGAUACAAGCUUGGUUCGUGGCUUGCUCUCAUAUUCUGUGCCCAAUCGCUUGCUAACAUGAGGAAUUUGGAGACCGACUUAAAGCAGAUCUCCACAGGAUUUAUGUUUGCUGUGAUGGGAAUGGUGACAAAUUACCUGAGCCCUGCUAGAGCUGCUGUGAAGACUUGAUAUGAAGGUUUUCCUUUCAAAUCUAUCCUUCUCAACUUAGGUUGUGUCACAAUUGUUCCCAUGUUUUGGUUCUGAAAUCUGUUGUGCUUUUCUUUCAUUUGUACACCAGAACAACUGGUGUUUUAUAGAUGUUGAAUGGAUCCUUUUGGGCUUUUAGUCCUAUCAAAAUCAAGUAUUCCAUUUCUCCUUACGGGAGAACAUGUUUUAC